AGGCAAUACAAUCUUUCUGGACUGCAUACAACUGACCUCUCUUUGUCUCUUUAUCUCGACUCCUUGCGGCGACCGAGGCGCACAGCCGCUCGGACCGUGCAAACCCAGCCGCUGUCUGGUAAGCCCAGUGCAGCGGGACCGCGGCAAACCCCGGUCCCCUGAGGGGACAGCUAGCCGGAGGGGUCCCGGGGGGCCGGGGAAGGACGGGGGACAGCUGCAAGUGACCCCCGAAAGCCGCAAGUGGCGCACCACCGUGGGGCAUUGCACCGGUUCGAGCGAACACGCCGCGGCCGCCGCGGGCAGUGCACCGGUUGGGAGCUUUUCCGGACACUGCGAUCGGUGUCGCCGCGAGCGACAGAGCGGCGAGCGGUGCGAAAAAAUCGCCACGCAGGCUGUUAGCUCCGCGGGGAGAAGCUCUCGGACCGCGCUGGUGGUGUGGGCACUCGCCCUUCCACACAAGCCCGGCAGGACUGCCGCUGCGGGGACAGGCACCGAUUUCUGUCCGGCGCUGUGCCCGUGGAUGCGAACGGGACCUUCCAAACACCCGGAAGACUGUUUGCGGAGUCGGGAACCGUUGCUGCAGUGUGUUUUCUGAAGAACGGCGGUGGCAGUCUGUUGCAGAGCCAUUCAUGGAUUUUGUGGAUCGAGUGAGAGCUUCAGUCGAGAAAAGGGUGCAGAAUCCAGAGCUCCAAGAUCAGCUCACACUAGAAAUUGUCACCACAAAUGCAAAUGAAGCCUGUCAGCGAGUCAUCCUGGCCCUUCCAGCAUCGCCUCCACCCACACUCGAUCAGCUCAUUGAGGAGUGCACGAGAAAAGCUACACUAAUGACAGAGGACUCAGUGAUAAGUCCGCGGGAAAGGGUGGUUGCUUCAGCAGCAGCAACCCCGAGGACUCCGGGGUCUGCAGGGCCUCCUCCUUAACAAAGGGGGAAAGUGGGAGCAGGGGGAAUCUUUUUCCUUUAUACUGGCAGAGCAAAUUGUACCUUUUUCAGAGUUAGUUUACCUUGUUAUAUGAUUUUAUCUUUCUUUCAGACUAGCAGAAUGUCAAUUUCCACAUUCCUGCUCAUCGUUUGGUUCCAGACAAUGGCCAUCUACCCGUGCACGGUGGACGCGUGGAUUGUUCCACAGCCCAAGAAAAAUGUGUGGGUCACACUCGCCCAAGCCUUGAAACAAGAUCACAUGUGUUUGUCUACUGCCUCAGCAGAAAAUCCAAUGUCCACAUGUUUAGUAGGGGUUCCAAGUAAGGGGGAUGAGUUUCCAAUUGGUCUGGUCCGCUUGCAAAAGCAGGUGAACGAAGAUAAAAUACCUGGAGUAGGGAAAAUACCAGUGCAAAACCCCCUCAUUUUGUGGCAAAAGUGGAUCCUAGACUUGCCCUCUGCUGAGGGAGAGCCCCAGGAAUUAGAACUCCUGGGCUCUGCAAAAGCUGAAUAUUGCAUUCAAUUUGAUUUUUCCCCAGCCAAAGAAGUAAAACUAUAUGAGCAAGUCAAACAGUACAAGGUGGAAUUCAGGGCGGGUCAAUGGUGCACAGCUGUCUAUAAGCUGAAAUCUGCAUCCACCACUGAUUUCCGUCCCCGCAAGCUGGACAAGGGAGUGUUUCUUAUCUGUGGGGACAGAGCAUACCCAGGAAUCCCCUCUCGUCUUAUCGGAGGUCCAUGCACUUUCGGGCAUCUGACCCUUGCUUCCCCCAACAUGACCCAAAUUCCAAUCGGGCGAGCAAAAGGUGAGACAAAAAUUACUAAGCGAAGUGCAAGUCAAUUUGAUGAACAUUGUGAUGCAGAAAUUUACCAUUGGGCAAAAUCCAAAAGAGUUGCUGUCUCUGUGUUUUUACCAUGGGUUGCGGCAGCAAAAGCAUUGAGUGAAUUAGGCAAUCUGGAAUGCUGGGUGACGAAGCAGGCAAAUUUAACAUCAGCAGCCCUGGGUGACCUCCUAGAAGACGAGGAAAUAACCAGAAAGGCUACCCUCCAAAAUCGGGCAGCUAUUGAUUUCCUGCUGUUGGCACAUGGUCAUGGAUGUAAAGAGUUUGAUGGUUCGUGUUGUUUUGAUCUGUCAUCUAAAGGCCAGAGUGUCCACUCGUCCAUUCAGGAAAUGAGAAGCCUCAUUGGGAGUGUGAAGCAAGAAAAUGAGGAUUGGUUUAAAAAUCUGUUCAAAGACUGGGACCUUUCUGGGUGGGCAGUGUCUCUUUUAAAAGACAUCUUUUACUUUCUAGCUGCACUGUUUUUAGUUUUGUUAGCAUUUGGGAUUCUUAAGCGAAUAAUCUCCAAGGUCAUCACCUCAAAGCCUAAGGCUUCCGCACCUGUUCUCAUUGCUGCUGCCGUCACGGAGAGCGAUUGGUGGGAAGACGACAAGCAGAAAGACACCGCAGUUUAAAAGCCGCAGUUUUACCUUCUCCCAAAGCACCGUUCAUCUUAUUAAGUAAAAAAGAGGGAGAUGUUGCUAUCACGCUAGCGUGGUAUCGUGGAGGAAGGGAUUUAGAAAGGCCUUGGGGAAUUGGAAGCUGAGGAAAAGAUACAUUUAGGUAUGAGGGAAAGAUACAUUUAUGUAUGCCCCUUUGUUUCGGGAAAGCUUCGCUUCAGCACCUUUCUGUAAGCCCCCUUCUCCCCACCCCUGAGCAGUUCCCAUUGGACCUGACCCCUGGGGUGGUUCUGAUGAGCCCAUGCUGAACACUGUCUUUAUUGUUUAGACCUUAUCUCUUAAUUUUGCUGUAUAAAACUGU